AUGACCUCAAUCAUCCCCAAUACAGCUUAUUCACCAGAUAAUAUUAGUCGAACAUAUAAAGUGAAGUGGACAGAACCAGAAGACGCCAGGUUACUCGAAACUGUUGGUAAGUUUGGAUCUAAUAGGUGGGAUUUUAUUGCUACAUUUAUACCUGGACGCACAGGGCGCCAGUGUAGAGAAAGAUGGAUGAUCCGAUUUGCACCAGAUAUCAAAAAAGAAGCAUGGACACAUGAUGAAGAUCAAAUGCUAAUUCAACUGCAACAAAAAUUGGAAAUCAUUGGUCAGCAAUAUCGAAGUACUUACAUGGAAGAACACCUAUAA